UCUUAAUGUCACUUACUGAUUUUAUUUACGUAAUUGCAGCUUUACUGAUAUAAUUAUUAGAUAACCUUUAUAGAGGUCAAUAUUAGCAUCUGUUAUUUAGUGCAAGUGGUGUCUUAGUGAAGAAGCUGCUAAAUAAUUCUUGAACGAAACGAACCCUUUUUUGACAAAUCCUAUCGAUUAAACGCAAAACGUAAUAUUGUAUAACGAGUGACGUCCUUUGAGAAAAUGUCAUCAAUGAGGAUCAUGAUAAGCCGCGCCGCCGCCAGUCGAAUUUUGUCCAGUGUUGGAAAGUCAACGGUACCGGUAGAACAGGUGAUAUUGUUGUCGCGGAGCACAUUCGGAAAUAUACGAACUAUGGCAUCUAAGGCAAUCACGAUAGAAAAUAUGAACCCUAACAUUUUAAAACUCGAAUAUGCCGUGCGAGGACCGCUGGUUAUUCGCGCGGCUGAAAUCGAAAAGGAAUUAGAAAAGGGUGCUAAAAAGCCAUUCAAGAGAGUGAUCAAAGCUAACAUUGGUGACGCGCACGCCAUGGGCCAGGUCCCCAUCACCUUCAUCAGACAAGUGCUAGCGUGCGUGUCGUACCCGGAAAUAAUCGACAAAAGCGACUUCCCAACUGACGUGAAACAGAGGGCCAGGGACAUCCUUGGGGCGUGUGGUGGAGGGUCAGUGGGCUCGUACUCCGCGUCCCACGGUAUCGAGCUGAUCCGCCGGCACGCGGCCGAGUACAUCGAGCGGCGGGACGGACACCCGGCGCAGUGGCAGGACAUCUGCCUGUCGUCCGGCGCCUCCACCGCCAUCAAGAACUGCCUGCAGUUGCUCUGCAACGACAUCGGGGGGAAGAAGUCUGGUGUUAUGAUCCCCAUCCCUCAAUACCCACUCUACUCGGCAUCGUUAGCUGAAUACGGUCUGGAGCAGAUCGGCUACUACCUCGACGAGAAAUCGAACUGGGGACUCAGUACUGAGGAGCUGGAGCGUUCCUUGAAAGAGGCUCAGAAGCAUUGUAAUGUCCGAGCUCUGGUUGUUAUUAAUCCUGGAAACCCUACGGGACAGGUUCUGACACGAGAUAAUAUUGAGGCAGUAAUAAAGUUUGCUCACGCCCACCGAUUGUUCCUGUUCGCGGACGAGGUGUAUCAAGACAACGUCUACGCUGAGGGCAGCCAGUUCUUUUCCUUCAAGAAGGUGCUCCGCGAGCUCGGCGCCCAGUACGGCGGGCUGGAGCUGGCGUCGUUCAUGUCGGUGAGCAAGGGCUACAUGGGCGAGUGCGGGCUGCGGGGGGGCUGGGUGGAGCUGGUGGGGCUGGAGCCCGCCGUGCAGGCCAGCCUGUACAAGUGCGUGUCCGCCAUGCUGUGCCCCACCGUGCUGGGGCAGGCCGCCGUCGACUGCGUCGCCAAACCUCCAGCAAAGGGUGAACCGUCCUAUGACCUGUGGAUCAAAGAGAAAACAGCGGUUUUGAGUUCGUUGAAGGACCGUGCCAAGAUGAUUGUGGAAACGUUCAAUCAAAUGCAGGGCUUCAAGUGUAAUGUUGUGCAGGGUGCUAUGUAUGCGUUUCCGAGCAUUACUCUACCCCCCAAGGCGAUAGAGGCGGCCAAAGCCGCUGGCCAGGCGCCCGACGUGUUCUACGCCUUCCAACUGCUGGAGGAAACCGGUAUCUGCGUAGUGCCAGGUACGGGUUUCGGUCAGUACCCCGGUACUUACCACUUCCGUACAACCAUUCUGCCCCAGCCCGCUCUACUGAAAGAAAUGUUGGAAAUUUUCAAGGCUUUCCACGAGAAAUUCUCAAAGCAAUACUCCUAAAUAUUGAAUUUAUAGCCCUGAUAUAUCGUCUUAUUAGACAUAUUUGAAACUAGCCUAAUCGGGUUGUCAUUAUAUUAUAGUCACCGGGUAUUACACUGAUGGGGAUUUGGUUGUAAUGUUUGUUCAUAGUCAUACCUAUUUGCCACUUGAUGAAGAUGAAUAAAAAUGUUAUCAAAAUUUUAAAUAUAUAAAAAAUGUUAUAGUUUUGUUUUAAGUCAAUUGGUAAUACAAGAAAUGUGGUCACAUAUUUCGAUAUGAACUAAUAAUUCAAAAAAUAUAGGUGUGUUAUGUACGCACGUAAGAAG